AUGUCGUCCCCUAUGAUGACUUCAUCACCAAACAAAUUCAUAAUAAGCAAAGAAAUAUCCGAAGAAGAUGAGAUAGAAGAUGAAUUGAGUAAAAAGCUAGCGCAUUACACAUUAGAAGGCAAUUGGCAUGAAGUAAGGAAGAUGUACGAGUCAAAGCCAAAGGCACACACCAUAACGGUUAACAGUUCUGAGGACACGGCGUUGCACGUGGCCGUGGAUUUGGACGAAGAAGAAGUUGUUAAAGAUCUUGUGCAUGAAAUCGUGGCGCAUAUGACGGGUGCUCUGGAGAAAGGGAAUGAGCACGGCGACACGCCUCUCCAUGUGGCGGCGUCAAGGGGGUUUGCGAAACUCUGCAAGUGCAUCAUAGCAGAGAGAGGAUAG